AUGUCGAAGCCAAAUCAAGAACCUCCAUCGAUUUUGAUCAGAGAAGUUUGGGCUUACAAUUUACCAUACGAGUUUUAUCUGAUUCGUGAAGCUAUUGGUAGUGCAUAUGAUUUUGGAUACUUGGUGAAGGCUUUGACUCGACAGAAUUUACCCGACAAAUUAGAGGAUUUUCUUUAUAUUGUAAGGAAUUUUUUUGGAGACAAUGUUUAUGAUAUUAAACAUAUAGUUCGGUUCUGCAAUGCUUUGUACGGUGGACUUGAGCGGGUAGCUAGUAUAUUGAAUGUGAGCCGGAGUCGGACGAUUGGAGAGUUUCAUCAAACUGGAUCAGAUAGUUUGUUGACAUGGAAUGCAUUUAAAAGAAUGAUUGAUCUCUACUUCGUUAACAAUGAAAUCCGCAAACAUGCCGGUGUUCUAUUUGGAUUAGAGAAACAACACAAUAUAAAUGGUAAAGUGUUCUAUUUGGAUCAGAGAUUACAGUUUUGA